UUUAUUAUAAUUUCUUCUUCGUGUCGUUAAAUUGCUUAGUUUGAAGAGUCACUUCUGCGGUCUUUAAUUCGGUGGAAUUUUUUUUUUUAGAAACUGGGUUCUGAUCUAUUAUACUGUAUAUGUAUGUAGUGCACGGUCGGAAGUUUGCGAACUAGCGCCGAAGCGGAGUGGAUCGGGUGGGUCUAGCAGCGUGCUGACUCAAGGCAAUGGGAAGCACUGGUGCCGAUUCCAUCAUCAACCAGAUGGAGCAGGAGAUGGAUGACCUCCAGCAGAUGCAUUACAGCACCGAGUACAGUACCGACAUCAACAGCAAAAUGCAGAUACCAACAAGAUUAAGUAUGGGCCAGCCAGAAGACACAUCCUACACGGACUCUGGGAGCCCAGAUCUAGAUUACGUAACCAAUAGCCCUGCCCACGCAAUGAACGUACCGGAACGCAUUAUGGUGGCAGGCUCUGAUACACACAUCGGCUCCAGGCAAACACCCAGACAUUUGGAUCUGGAGGAAAUGACACCUUUCCCCACAGCUGACACAGUGGUUGGCCUGACCACACCACCACACAUACUGAAAAUGGAGGACGUCCGGUUCCCAACCGUCGGAGAUCAGAGUGUGAUGAAGCCAAACAAGGGCAACGUGAACCAGCAAAGACUGGCAAACCUGGACGAAACUCCCACAGGCCCCGCUAAGCUCCUCGGCAACUCCGCCCUCGCUGAAGGUGGCCCUGCCCUGGACAUGCAGGCCCUACAGCGCCACCUCCACCUGCUCACACGGAAGGUCACGACCCUAGAAGAGUCUAGCGUCCGCCGGGACCGACGGGAGUUGCUAUUCUGCGCGCUUGGUGCCGUCUACUUCAUGUACAAGGGUUUACGGUUUUUGUAUCGCAUAUUCUAGACUUGCUGUGCUGUUGAUGAAUAUCCUGGGAAGAUUAGCAAUGAAAUCAAGGUUUUGAACUAAUGUUGCCAUUUGCUCAAGCCAAGAGUCGAAGUGAUCUCUCAUAUCUUUGAAACACAGUAUCUCACUUUCCCGAGCUUACGACGAUAUCGACAAUUAUAUAGUGUUAUACAAAAUUACUGUGUUAUAUUACAUGAGUGAGUGUGUAUAAAAAUCUCAUACAAAUUUUUCCCGUUUCUUUCGAAAGAUCACCUUGCCUCGUAGUUGACAUGCAGAAGAAGCAAUCUUGAAACAUUGUGUUAUUCCAAACACUUUGCUGAAAGUGUGACCAUUAUCAGUUGAUAUUUUUAUGUAUUUAGGAUAGGGUGUACAGAUGUAUAUAUAGCUCUUGAGGAUGAUAACGGAGACAGGAUUUCAUUAGGCUAAUCAACCUCAAGAUCCUGGACAUUUCCUCUGAGAACCUUUCUGAAUCCUUUGACAUCUACUACCGUUUGGGAAACCAAGAGCGAAUUCGCUGUACUGUAACUUCCAAAGUAGAUCAAACCUUUUGGAAAGUAAUAGCUGCUUGGUUGCUCCUUCCUGAAUCAUGUAAAAUCCUCCCCAAAACUUAAACAACCUGACAGAUUUUGAAGGAUUUUGGAGCAUUGGGAUUCUAAUGGUUUGCAGAAGAGGUAAAGCUAACCUUAUCUAAUGAAAUGUGCAGACUGUGAGGGUAUUUACAGUCCCACUACACCAAUGCAUCUCCACAUGUAUAUCCUAGUGUAUCAAACUCCACAUGUUCUUCAGAUUUGGGUUCCUGAAGCUAUUGUGAUCUUUGCUUUGGUGGUUUAUAACCUCUCUAAAAUGGAGGUUUCGGUGGAAAAACCUCACACUUGGCUCAGACAAUAAUAUGAAUUGAGCUAUGAGAGGAUUAUUGGUGCAUGUGUGUGUAAAAUGUUUGGGGUUUGAUGGAAUAGAAUAGACACCAAAAAUUCGAGAGAAAUACAUGUAUGACUUUUGCAAACUUAUCUCUUAACCACAUAAGUCCAGCUGGGUGGAAAGUAGUAAUAUUUGGAAAAAUAAUUUGUUGUUCAUCUUUCAAAUUAUAUUUGGUUGUUGGGUCAAUUGACAGUAAAUGGUGCUAGGUGUUGAACUAUUUCGGCAGGGGUUUUGUUUCAUGCAAAAUGUCGGUUUUCUUUAGUCAAGCAUAAUAGCACCGAAUUAUGUCUGGAAACUUUGCUGAUUUUGCCAAUAAUUUGGUUGGUAAUUUCAGCUGUGAAUAGCCUGUUAGAUUGUGAAUUAAAAUAACCAUUAUUUUGUUCUUAAGAACAUGUCAAGCCACAGAAACACCAAGACAUAUUGACAGAUCACAGAUAGUCCCUCGGUUAACAAUGUUGAGAGUCAUGUCAUUUUUAUCUUAGCAAAUCCCUAGAUCCACUUCGGGAAACUUCUCUGUUAAAAAAAUGAAUAGCAAGCUAAACAAGUGUUAUGCGCUUUCCUGAUACAUAUUUCUAAAACAGACGCCACCGCAGGCACACAUAUACAUGUACAGUCGGUCGGUAAAUAACCUUUCUACUGAGCAUGGUGUUUCUACGCUUAGCAUUUCAGCUAAGCAGUAUGAUCAAAUUUGAGUGCUUCAUGAAAUGAACCGAAAACAGACUGGUUAGUAAUCCAGUGUCAGAAGGCAUUCCUUUCGACCAUUGCUUGGCAUGCUCUCAACACGACUCUGUGAAUUCGGCCCAUAGGUAGAUAGAUACCCCAGGCAUUUUUCUUCCAAUAUUUAACGUUCCAGUGUGAAAGUAUGUAUGGUCUCGAAUGCACUUAUCCGCUGAACAAAGUACUGUAAAAAAAAUAAUAAUAAUAAUCUGUCAGUUCAUUAUCAGUCAUUAGAAAUCAUCUUUUUCCAUUUUAUAGAGUUUUACAUAUGGAUAUCGUCUGGGUUACCUGUUGUGUACUCGUCUUAAAAAUCAGUGUACAUGUAAUGUAAUACAGCAAGUUAUGCUGAAGUAUUGUGACUUGAUGAAAUAAUAAAGAAUAAAAUCCUGUCAAA